GUUAGAUAAUCUUCGCGCAGGUCUGUACUGUCCAUGUGACUCUGGAGCGCGGUGUGUGUUUGUGUGCGUGUUAUCCGCUUACAGGGGCUCUCAACGCAAAGCCCCUGUCAUCUUGCUCGCGCUGCUGCUUGCUCAUUCCCGAUGUGCCAACUGAAGAGAGAAGAGAAGCGACGUUAGUUGUUUGAACUGUUAAGGGAAAAACGUUAGGAGAGCCAUGGCGAACCCAGGACAAAAAGUGGUGCUAAUCACCGGUUGCUCCUCCGGGAUCGGGCUGAGGAUGGCGGUGAUGCUCGCUAAGGACGAGAAACAGCGCUAUCACGUCAUUGCCACCAUGCGAGACCUGAAGCGUAAAGACAAGCUGGUGGAGGCAGCAGGUGAUGCGUACGGGAAGAGCCUCUCUCUAGCUGUGUUGGACGUGUGUACGGACGAGUCAGUCAAACAGUGUAUCGACGGAAUCAAGGACAGACAUGUGGACGUACUCAUUAAUAAUGCAGGUAUAGGUCUGGUGGGACCAGUGGAAAGCAUCAGUAUAGCUGAGAUGAAGAGUGUGUUUGAGACCAACUUCUUCGGUGUGAUCCGGAUGAUCAAGGAGGUGAUGCCAGAUAUGAAGAAGAGGAAGGGAGGACACAUCAUAGUGGUCAGCAGUGUCAUGGGACUACAGGGUGUGGUGUUUAAUGACGUGUACGCUGCCUCUAAGUUUGCCAUGGAAGGGUUUUGUGAGUGUCUGGCUGUACAGCUGCUCAAGUUUAACGUCACUAUGUCUAUGAUAGAGCCAGGCCCGGUCCAUACAGAGUUUGAAUCUAAGAUGAUUCAGGACGUCCGUCAGAAAGAGUUCCCUGGGGCCGAUGCCGAUACCGUCAACUACUUUAAAAACGUCUACCUGCCGUCCUCCGUCGACAUCUUUGAGACGCUAGGACAGACCCCCGAUGACAUCGCCAGGUGUACGAAGAAGGUGAUUGAGCAGGGCAGUUCUGCACGGUUCCGGAACCUUACCAACCCGCUGUACACGCCCAUCGUGGCACUGAAGUAUGCAGAUGAGACGGGCGGCCUGUCGGUGCACGCCUUCUACCAUAUGUUGUUCAACCUGGGGCCCCUGAUGCACGUUAGCAUGAAGGCUAUGCAGUACCUGACCUGUGGAUGUCUACGCUCCAGGACCAUCUCCCCUAACUAGACACACACACAGAGACACACGAGCAUGCAGAGACAACACACACAGGCACACGGAGGCACACGGAGGCACACACACACACACACACUAGUAUGCAGUACCUGACCUGUGGAUGUCUGCGCUCCAGAACCAUCUCACCCAACACACACGGAGGGUCAAGACACACACUCACACGGAGAGUCAAGACACACACUCACACACAGAGAGUCAAGACACACACACACACAGAGAGUCAAGACACACUCACACGGAGAGUCAAAACACACGGAGAGUCAAAACACACGGAGAGUCAAAACACACGGAGAGUCAAAACACACGGAGAGUCAAGACACACGGAGAGUCAAGACACACACGGAGGGUCAAGACACACACUCACACGGAGGGUCAAGACACACUCACACAGAGAGUCAAGACACACACUCACACGGAGAGUCAAGACACACACUGUAAAGACAAACUCAAAACCCCCCCCCUGCAGUUUUAAAGUGUUCCUCCCUCUGUGAGCUGCCAUACUUUGUACUGUUUGUUUUGAUAGAAGCAGGACCUACAGAUGUUGAAAUGUAACCUCUCUGUCUGUCUAACAUAGACUAUGUAUGUAUAGACACUAUCUUGUGUGUAAUGCAUGUCAUUUUGAAUAGAAUGGAUCGGCUCUAUUUUGACAUUAAAAGCUAUUUCUACCUUCUU